AUGGACAGCAAACAUGAGCGAAUGCCAAUUGCGCACAAUGUCCGAAACGUCCUCAAUUCUUUCCAGACCGUUGCGACAUCGCUCAACCAAGAAAUAGAUUCUCUUGAUGAAAAGGCUGAGUUUGACGGUCUGCGUGAGCUGCCCUUAGCCUUGGAGAAUGAGAACGUCCGCUUCAAGAUGUGGGCUGGGAACCUAGGAGCUCAUCAGAGUGGCCCAGCGUCGCUGGAUCAUCGGUUAAGAGAGGCACCCCAUAUACAAGAGCAGGUCCUCUAUCUUCUGCGGGACAUAUUGGAAUCACUAGAGGAUAUAAGAGUCCUGAUGCUAAGAAGGGAGCCCCUCAAGGGCAGUGCAGAUAUCGAGGAUAAGCUAGGCUCUCCUCUUGAGGGUUCAGAUCCAGAAAGCGAAGAUCGCUUCACCGAUUCAGACCUGGAUGGUGAUGAGAAUACGCCAGAAACAAGACUAUCAACGCUCUGCACCGAUAUCGCCGAGGCCAUCGACUGCCUUCUACGUCUCUCCCUGGCCAUCGCCAAUCCAGCACCGCACGAGAGGUUCCGAAAGCUCGGUGCCGGCCCCGACGAGGACAUAUCAUUCUACGAGGCACAUGACGUCCGCUACGUCCAAGAUAAAUUCCCAAAUAUCAGUAAAAAAUUGCCCGACAUCCUGGGCAAGUUUAUCACUCGCCGGCGCCAGUUCUUCAAGUACCGAGAGUCACACCAUGCCAAGCUAGCGGAAGGUCUAGAUCAAGCGACUCAUAAGGAUACAAGUCGGACAGAAGUUGUACCCAACACCGUGGCGUCCUCUCUUCCAGAGCACUUCAAGAGGUCUGGGGUGAUUGAUGAGGACAAUCGAUCUGAUAUGGCCAUGUCUGAGACGUCCUAUGCUACCUCGGCUGGUUAUCUGAUGCUGGAAGAUGGAGAGAUGAGGCCGGUCCCUCUACUUAAAGUGCCCCAACGGCCACCUGAGGCAGAAAAGGGGGAUGAUAUCAGCCAGUUCCCGAGGGGCAUGGAAUAUCACUGGCGCACAUGGUCUUGCCCAUUCAAGUGCGGGAGCACGUUCCCGUCUGCGGUUGAACUCGGUGAUCACGUUCGCAAUCAGCACCUACUUAACGCGAGCGACGGGCAUCUCGCCACCGUCGUGGCCCGCGGCGAGGUAUCUGUCUCGAAUGAUGUAACUCAAGAAUGCCCUCUUUGCAAACGAGCUAUUUCGGGCUUGAAGUCAUACAUCAAGCAUGUUGGGCGGCACCUGGAACAGUUGGCUCUGCACGCUCUUCCUAAGAUCGGAUGUGAGGGGCUCGAGGAUGACAUCGAGAGUGGCGAACAGAACGAUGAAGCAUCUGAGCUAGGAGCUGUUUCAGCCGAAGAAUCGAGUGAGACGUCUUCCGGAGCCGAUGAGCAGCUAGAAACUGGCGAGAUAGAUAACCAGGUGGAAUCAAGCGGUCCACAUGCUACAACUGUUAGAUACAAUGCUGAAGGCGACGUCACCGCCGCUGGCGAUACUACCAUGCCACCAGCUGCCUCUACUAUCUCGUCUGAUCAGCCUGUAGUCGAGCUAGCUAAGAUAGGAAAACUCGAAGACAUCCCCCUCGACAUCGUACGGACACAAGCUGGUGCUAACCUCGAAGAAGUGGGAAUGAUGACCACAGCUGAGAGGGAGGCAGCCGCGAUGGAGGCUGUUGAGAGGUAUAAGAGACAGGAGCUUGCGAGGAUAAAGGCUGAGAAGGCCAGAAUUGGAAUGGAGGAGACAGAGGAACUUUCAAUUGGUCCCUCCGACGAAGUCGAGUCAGCUUCACAGGAUAAUCGGCCGGUCUACACUCGCAUGUCUCGCAGGCAUCUAUCUCUCGAGACAUUGCGGCAAUACGAUGUCAACUAUGAGUUCGACGCGGACCCUGAGUACGUCUUGAUCAGACGGUGGGUGCCCGAGUGGGAACAAGAUCGGAUGUGGAAGCACACUAGGAUUAUCCGCGAGAAACGGGCCGAGACUCUACUCAAUGAGACACCGAUACGAAGUGCUGAGCAUGAGUAUGAGUGGGUGCGCAAGAAAGGCAGGCGACAGAGCAAGUCGCCACCACGUCUCUAUGACCCCAGGGCUAAGCCUUUCCUUUGUAACUAUGAUGGAUGCGAGCACGCUGCUCCUGGAAAUGGAUUUCCCCACCAGUGGAAUCUCCAGGACCAUAUGAGCCGUGUUCAUAAUGACAAUGGCAACUCUGGUGAUUACAGCUCCAAACCCGGAGAGCGGAAUCAACCGCCCCCUCGUCGUCCACCUUCUAUCGAGUGUCUCAAGCGUGCCCAUAUCAGGACUUCCAGUCGCGAAAGGGGUGCUCCUCCGUCUCCAUCUCCAUCUCCCCCUCCGUCGCAGCCAAUCAUCCCAGGACCAACGACUGAGCGCGAGGUUAUCACACAUUACCGAGAUAUCGACUAUGUAGCUUCACCCGACCGGCCCGAGGAGAUGCCGGCUCCCGAACCAUUCACCUUUGACUGGGAAUGUUAA